UCGGUGCGGACAAAUGGAUUUAGGGAAGUUCGUAUCGUCUCGUGAAGGCGGGAGGAUGAGAAGCAGAACUUUUGACAGAGCUUUGCUUAGGGUUUUUUAACGGCUAAACAAUAACAACAACAACAACAACAACGAUAGGGAGUAACGAGAACACGGUCCAGAGUAAACAUAAUCUCAGCAGCGGUUUUCUGACAACGUUGCCCGUGUAAACCGUCAGUUCCGCAUCAGCUUGACGUCUAUUCGCGUGGCGUAAUGUGUCUUUAAGUUGCUAAGCUAAGCGCUAAGUUAGGUUCUUAACGUGUUAACUAACCUCCGUAGAUCAGCUGACUCGGUGACAUGGCUGCAAGAAAACACAAGGAAAAUGAUGUCAGCCUUCCUUUUGCUGCACUCCAGCUCCUGGCCCCGCCGGUGCGCCUGGUGUCUGCGGCCCUCUGGAAAGUGGUGAAGCAGAGGGAUGUGAUGCAGUACGGGGUCGUGGAGGAGGUCGUGACGUCCGCCUGCGAGACCGUCCCGGGGCUGCUCACCGUGAGACACCAGGGCAAGCUGGCACUGGGGCUGAGAGGACGGCUCAUCUUGGAGCUGUGCUGUACACAGCCAGAUGAAGAGGUGAUUGCGCCACACCUGCAAAGGAUGCACGCUCCUGCUGCCAUGUCCCUCUCCUCUGCUACUGUGAAGAGGGAUGUAAAAAUCAUUAGAACAGUGGAAAGUUUCCAUUCAUUGGUUCACACUCUGCUAAAAGACCCAACAGUGAGGGAACACUUCUUCAAGGAGGAAUUUCCUGUGGAUUAUGGUCAGAAGUUUGACCAGGAGCUGGAGAAGCUGCUGUGGGAGUUCUUGAUUCGACUGGAUCAGUUACUUCCGGUUCCCAACUUAGCUCAGACCGUGUCAUGGCUCAGUGACGCCCCCACUGUCCUGGAGGAGUGUGCGCAGGCGGCCACCCAACCGCAGCUCCUGAAGAUCUUGCUUGAACAUCAGACCUGUCUGGGUCACCUGGAGGCUGCAGCAUCCCUUCCUCCAAACAUGGGAGACUCCAUCCUAGCUUCACUUUCUCUGCCGCCCUCUGGAAGAAUACCUUCAAAUGGACCGACGGGAGCCAAAAGGCCUGGAGUGGACCAGUCCAGUGGCACACAGACAAGAGACAAAACAGCCUUCAUUACACCUGUUAUCGGACUAAUAUCUAACGAAGAUGUGCCCUUUAUGAUCAGGACAAAAGAUGCAACAAAUGAGCACUUGCAUCCUAAAGAGAACUUGAAAUACACUGUGGUUAAAGAGAGACAAAACCCCAAAGAUGGUGAAGAACAAGUGGAGGGGGAGAGGACCGAAUCAAAAAGAAGCAGUGGCACGAAACGCAAGCAACCUGACGAAGGUGAAUGCGAUGAUGAUGAUGAGGAGGAGGAAGUGUUUGACAUGACCGGAUCUCGGAAAAAGGGGAUGAGGAGUUUGAGUGGAGUGAGCAUCGUCAAGCAGGAAAGAGGUGAAGAAGGAGGCGGAGCUGCAAAAAAAGAGGCCCUGGAAACCUGCAUGACCCGGCUGGGGGUCAAAACGCUGCACCUGCCUGAAGAUCCAUCAGUCCGCUCCAUCUUUGUCUCUUGCCUGAGGAGUCAACCCAGAGUUAUGAUAGAAGGAAUGACUCUAACUAACGGCGGAGGAGGUAAAUCCCUGUGUGUGAGACGGGAGACUCGGAGGAGAAAGUCGCCAGUCAAGGCUGCAACGCAGAUUCAGAGUCAACCUCAAAGGCCUGACCUGGAUGUCCCUGGCCUGGACGAUAAAGAAAAUCUUCCUGUAUUACCGAGUAUAAGCAGCUCUCCCUCUCACCAACGUCGUAACACAGGAGACGCCGACGACUACGUAGCUGAUUCUGAGGAUGAGGCGACGAAGAACUUCAAAGUCAGGCUGUUCAUGAAGCGCUACUACAAGACCAAACACGGUACUUAUGUUCCCACUCUGCGGGAGUACUGGAAGCCCGGGAUGACGCGGCGGGACACGACGUCAGCUGGAAGCAAACUAAGAUGAUGAAAUGGAUUUUACCCCAGAAGUGCCAGAAAGAUGCCGGAGGACUGAAAAUGUGGUUUACGUCGGGUUUUCUCCGCCCGCUGCGAUGACGAAGAAUCACCAAAAUACAUUGAAUGUCACCAUUCGCUGUUUCCAGAAUCUCUAUCUUCCACUUGAGUGAUUUCACUUUAGCUGAAUUGGAUUUGAGCUUCAGUCGGUGGUUUGUCAUCAUGGAAAAACCUUCUACAACUGGGUUUGUCAAUCACAUGUAUAUUUAAGUACUUAUACAUCACAUCGGGGCGCGUAUCAUUGAAUGAAAACCGUCACAAUUAUUCAUUAUUUGUAAAUUGAAUGUCAUCUUAUCACUGUUGAAAUUAAAUAAAAUGUAUGUGGCUUGUA